AUUAGAGACUAUCAUGAAAUGGGAUACAUGGUUUACAGCAGGUCACUAAUGCUGGAAAAAGUACAGAGUCCACUCAAAGACAUGCUUGUUACUUUCUGAAUUCUUGGAUAUUUUUUUUUGUUGUUCAUCACGCCGACUUUCACUAAAGGUUAUUAUAGCCUGGGUCUCAAGGACAGAAAAGUUUACAGGCUACACCUCUUCUGUACUCAAUGCGGUAUACCUUGCACCCAAGGGUACUAUAUAUUUAUACCUAAUAAUGUCUUCUGGUUCCCACACAGUCAUCAUACAGGAAUCUAUAAAACAUGGACUUACAUCAGUUGGUGCUGGUGUCGCGGACGGACACGGAGUCCCCAGCCCGGCCCGCAGCCGCCUUGUCAUGCUGCCCAAAGUGGAGACCGAGACCCUGGGACUCGCCCGGUCGAAUGGGGAACAGGGGCAGAUGCCGGAAAACAUGCAAGUGUCUCAGUUUAAAAUGGUGAAUUAUUCUUAUGAUGAAGACCUUGAGGAGCUGUGUCCAGUCUGUGGAGAUAAAGUGUCUGGGUACCAUUAUGGACUUCUCACCUGUGAAAGCUGCAAGGGAUUCUUUAAGCGAACAGUCCAGAAUAACAAAAGGUACACAUGUAUAGAAAAUCAGAAUUGCCAGAUUGACAAAACACAGAGAAAACGAUGCCCUUACUGUCGAUUUCAAAAAUGUCUAAGUGUUGGAAUGAAAUUGGAAGCUGUGCGAGCUGACCGAAUGCGUGGUGGUCGAAACAAGUUUGGACCAAUGUACAAGAGAGACAGGGCACUGAAGCAGCAGAAGAAAGCUCUUAUCCGAGCAAAUGGACUUAAACUGGAAGCCAUGACUCAGGUGAUCCAAGCAAUGCCGACUGACCUGACAAUAUCCUCUGCGAUCCAGAACAUCCAUUCUGCCUCCAAAGGCCUACCUCUGAACCAUACUGCCUUGCCUCCUACAGACUAUGACAGAAGUCCCUUUGUCACCUCUCCAAUUAGUAUGACAAUGCCACCCCAUGGCAGUCUGCAAGGUUACCAAACCUAUGGCCAUUUUCCAAGCCGCGCUAUCAAGUCUGAGUACCCUGACCCUUACACUAGUUCACCAGAGUCAAUAAUGGGCUACUCAUACAUGGAUAACUAUCAAACAAGCUCACCAGCAAGUAUUCCGCAUCUGAUAUUGGAACUCUUGAAAUGUGAGUCAGAUGAGCCGCAGGUCCAAGCCAAGAUCAUGGCGUACCUGCAGCAAGAGCAAGCCAACAGAGGCAAACAUGAGAAGCUCAACACAUUUGGGCUUAUGUGUAAAAUGGCUGACCAAACCCUCUUCUCCAUUGUUGAGUGGGCUAGGAGUAGCAUCUUUUUUAGAGAACUUAAGGUUGAUGACCAAAUGAAGUUGCUUCAGAACUGCUGGAGCGAACUCUUAAUUCUAGAUCACAUUUACCGGCAAGUGGUGCAUGGGAAAGAAGGCUCCAUCCUCCUGGUUACCGGGCAACAAGCUGCUUGGAGAGCAAGGAGCCAUAGUACGGGAAGAGCAAACAAGAACACUACAGUCAGUCCCGUUCCUUAUGGAUAGACUCCUUCCCAUUGCAUGCUUGCUAAUGACUGGAGAACAUACUCCCAUGGAUGCACCACAGAUUCUCCUUGAGAAACAGGGAGUCACCAGACCAGCAGUAAAUACGCAGUCUCCGACUGCUGUUUUUGAAACUGGAACGAGUCUGAAAUCUGCACAUAAUGCCACUCUAUUGUCCUGAUCUCGUUCAGCUCUAGGCACAGCCAUCCUACACUGAAAGCCAGACUGCUUACAGGAGCAGGCACAGCUGCGCUGGCAGCACCUGCUCUCGCUGGGCUGCAUGGCACGCGUGCUUACAGAAAGCCCGUUGGUUGUUCAGGUAUCGCAGACACGCAAUUGCUAUGCCAGUAUGCUACUUGUAUGCCAUUUGUCCUUCAAAAGUAUUUACUUUUAAACAUAUCUAUUUAAAUUAUUUUCAUGGGUGAAAAUCAUUCAUUGAAGAACCUCUUUUAUUUAGAGGGACAACGCUGGGUGAGCUAAGCAGAAGGUUUAAAAUCCUUAGAAUUGCCAGAGCCACAAAUCUUAAAAUCACAGAAUAAUCCAGGCUGGAAGGGAUUUUAAGGAGUAUCUAGUUCAACUCCCUGCUCAAACCAGGUUUCUCAGGACUUAGAAAACCCCCAGGGUUGGCAAAUGCAAAACUUCCCUGUGCAGCCGUGCCCACUGCCUAACCAUCUUCAGGGGGAGAACAUUUUUUCUUCACUCUGCUCUAAAUCUCUCUUUUUUCCAACUUAGACCCGAUGCUGGUCACUCUUCUUGAGUCCUACUGCAAAGCACAGACCCUGGAGACCUUGCUGGUAAAGGCUGAGGCCGAGGCGGCACUGAGUGCCUUGUCUGAUCUGUGUUUGCUGCCACUAAAUCACUCGCUGAUCACAGCAAGUCUCACGGGUUCCUUGUUCAUCCCCUAACUACAAUUUGACAUCCCUUGCGAGUCUCAGCUCCAGCUGAACACUGGCUUUUUUAACACCAUCCCGGCGUGCCUGGACAGUGCUUCUAAGUGACUUGUCCUGAGCCAUUCCGGCUUCGGCUGCUGUCCCCUGCCUUUCAGCAUUCCAGCUCAGCCGUGAGUUACUUGUUCAGUCAAGCUGAUCCAGUACAACUGUUUCUUAUCCCAAGUGUCAGGAUGGACCACCCUGGCAGCAUCCACUCCGUCUGUUGUCAUUCUAAGACACAACACCAGUUCAAAUGUAUUUAUGAAAGGACAGUUACGACCAUGUCUGUCUCCUCUGUAUUAAGUGUAAAAUAAUUCUGGAAAGCCACACUUCUAGACCCAGACAUGAUGAGGUUUUGCUAUUGCACGAAGUGCUGCAUACCUCCUGGCUGCUGCUCUGAUCCUUUCAGUUCCUCCAGUAGAGACAGGAAAAUAACUGCCACCAUCUCAUAAUAAUUAAUUGAUUAAUUAAUGUGGAAAGCCCUCUGACACUUCUGAUGUUUUUAUUUACUGCUACCAGCAAAGCACUAUGAGCAAAAUUACAGUCAGUUGUCUGGUUUUCAAAGAUACUAACUUUAAACUGCGGACCUGAGCUAGACAGCCUACUUUAUUACCUGAGAGAUCAUGAUUAUUGUCACAAGUUAGCAAAUUUAAGACCUCAGAAGCCUCACUCCUUGCUUUCUUUAAUAUAUCCCUUCACAAAAGCUACACACAAACAGUCCUUUUACGAUCACAAUCAAGGGGGAAACUGUUGGGGGGAAAUUAUCACCACUUAAUUAGAACACACCUGCUUCCUCCACUUAGGCUGCACAGCCUCUGUUCCUCAGAUGCAAAAGUCAAACUUCAUCCAGCUCCCCAGGGCCAUACCACUGUCAGUUUCAUACUAGGUAUCUAAAAUGGGCUAGUAGUUAGAAGCACACUCAAUAAUUUUCAAACGCAUUGGCUCAAACCCCAUUACCUUAGGGCAUUCCUCUCACAUUUCCAUACAUCUGCAUUUCUCUCAAGCCAUUGGCUUAUGAGUUUUACCCAGUGUCAAUCUACUGUUCCCACUUUGAUGGGGAAAAGGUGCAGUCAGCAACAAACUUGUAAGCAUUGGCCCUUGCAGAAAAAAAAGACUGUGUUUUAUUUUAUUUUGUUAUUUAUUUGGUUGGAAUUUCAUAAAUGAAGCUCUUUUGUGUGUAUGUGUUUCAAGAAAGCACUUUUUUCAGAUCAUUACAAUUCCUCAGCAGUUCCUCAGAAACAAGUUCCUCCCUAUGCUGCGUACUUCAUUUUCUGCACUAAGUACUGCCCCUCAGCAGUAGCAAUUACCAUUUCAAAAGGAAAAAAAGUAGCACAAAUACAUUUUACAACUCUCCAAAUUUCAUAAUAGAAAAUAGCUAAGGAGUGAUUUGCAAUGUGGUGGUUAAUUGCAAAUCAUUGCCAAUAUGCUCUCCACAUGCCAAGUUUCAUAGGCUUGCCAUGUGGCAUGUAAUUUUAACAGACCAUUUCUAAUUAUAGAACUUCAAUUCCUCGAACCGGAGCACUUCCCUUUUCUAUCUUCUACACCAGCUAUACAUUGCCACCUUCCACGAUCCAGCACACACAUGGUAGAUACUAAAGCUCUAUACAGAAUAUCAUUGUUCAUGCAUUUUCAUGCUGCAGUCAACACGCAACACAUGAAUUGUAGCCUCUGCUGCCCAGACAUAAGCUGCUCAUUUUGUUCGUACUUCCUUGCCAAAUCCUCCCUCUGCUGAGUUUGGUCAAAGCCUUUCAGGUUAAAAAGGUGGUCCAAAAAUGUGCCUAAAUCUCAGAUUCCUUUUUUUGAGGUUGUUGAAACUACUGAUUUUGUUGAAGUCAUCACACAAGUACAUCUUUCCAUCUGGAUUUGUAUUCUAAAGUAUAGCACCAGAGAAGAGCAUGAGACAUAACCAAGAUCUUAACAGUGUUGUGUUUUGAAGCAAAUCAAAAUUGAGCUACAAUUUAGAUCAGAAUUUUGUGGGUCGAACCUCUCCCUAGAUGGGAUACUUUGUAGGUACCUUAUUGAAAGGUGGUGAUGUGUGGUGUGGGGAAUUUUCUGUGGUAAUGUUAUCUCUGUUAGACUUACCCACUUGCAAAGAAGGCUUCUACUGUCCCAAUGUAGCUGUAUGUGCUGAGGCCUUUGGAGACUCUAUUUGUCUAGGGAACAGACCUGCAAGUUCAAGGAAAAAUCACCUUGCCACUGGAAAGAUUCUCAAGAUGCAGCUGAACUUCCGAACUAUGGGCUACAGAUGGCUGUAUCACAAAGAAAGAUCACCAUUGCAGAAGAUCACUGUUGUACAAAACGUUACAAGAGUGUUAGAGGAAGGAGUGUCUCUGAAGGACAAGAUAAAAGAGCUGGCAGAAAAAAGCACAUAACAAAACAGGCUUUUUUGUUCAUCCUAAGAAAUGGCUAAAAAUACAUACACUAGUCAUAGAUAUAGAAAGUUAAUGGAUAUCUACUGGAAUGCUGUUACUUCUUAUGUUCUUGGAAAACAGUCUUUAUAUAUAUACUUUUUUUUCCCCCCUUAGAUUUGUGAUUGCAGUCAGUGAGGCUUCAUAGCUGUAGCUGGUAGAAAAAAGGUAUUGGCAUUUGAGGGCCAAAUCUAGAAGUCCUUACAGAGGCAAACACACACAGAAUUUGAUUCGAGGUGGAUACAAGUGAGGUCAAGCAUUCAUUAUUUUGCUGUUCAGUGUAGUAGUUUGUUUCCCUUGUAGCCAGGCUUGCACAGUCCCUCACUCCAGUGGUUUCUGCCUAAAGGAAAAGAAAACAAGGUUGUGCUAGUUGUUAAAAGUGCCUCAUGCCUUAAGCAGAUACUCUGCUAGCUGCUUUUUCAGGCUGAACUAGAUGUUCUCAGUUAACCUAGGUAAAACACAUCAAAAUUCAGUUAUAAUCAUGAAAUGCCCAGUUCAGGUUUGUCCAAAUACUCAUUAAACAGUUUGAGCCUUCCAAGUAGCUAUGGACACACCUGUGAACAAACUGAUCCCAAUUUACAUUUGCUUUGCUAUAUUGCCAUGAAACCAUCAUAGCACUAUGGUUUUAAGUCUAAAAUACAAGUUGCAGUAAAAAGUCAUGGAGACGGCACCCAACACUAAUCCUUGCAUGCCAGAAGUGUUCCGCUUCCCACAUACUAACUCUGUUGUGUUCAUAGGAAACACAUUUCUUUUGUAUUCUGUACACAUUGCUCCUGUAAAGAGAACGAAAGCUAUUUGCCUGGUGUCUGGCAGAGUUUCUUCAAGGCUGCUGAUCCUCCAUACAAGUCCCAUACUAGCAAACCAAUUUCUCUAUAUAAACUCAUGUAAAGUCCCAUAUUUGAUUUUAAGCCUGCCCAACAUGAGAGAAGUUGUUCAGAGACACAGCUCAAAGAAGAAAGCACUACCCCAGUCUGCCCAGCUGCCUAUUGGAGUAGUGAUGCUGACAGGAUUCAAAGUGAGCACAUCCAGUCUUCCAUUGGGAAAGAAUUUAAAAUAGUAGAGUAGAAAUUUGAGUAAGAUAAGAGCGUAAUAAGGGGAAAUGAACUUAAAUGGUUAAAAGCUCCUGAAGAAAGUCUGAGUUAGCACAGCCCUUGUGUUGUUACCUAAACUUUCACGAAAAAUUUCCAGUGAUGGUCUGUCUUCCGAUGAAGUUUAUAGAUAUUCAAUCCAAUAAAUGGAUCCUAUUGUACUCUAGGUUAGCUACAUUCUGCAUAUUACUUUAAAGUCUUCAUACUCAUAAUUUGAAGAGCCUAAUAGUCACCAUUACUAGAGUGGAAAAUUUAAUGCUACUAAUUAAAAUAGCUAUGUGCAUGAAGCUUAAAAAUACUUUUAUUGUUAUAUGGUUUAUAACCUAACUAUAUCCAAUAUAAAUGAAUCUAUAUAUGAUUAACUAUAGGGCAUAGACUUUUUCCAUUCUUGAUGUACUAAUUUUUCUGAAACUAAGUUAAACAAAGUAAAUGCAGUACUUUGGAGUGCUACUAUUUACAUAUUAUAGCUAAUUAGCAAGCACAAUAACAUAAUCCUAGGGGAAAGGUCCACUGGCAACUUAAUUAAUUAUCUUCUAUUAUUGUGUAUCCUGUUAAAACGACAAGCAUCUUACGCUGUGUAAGUCAUCACAAUUUUAAUUAGCAUACCCAAACCCAAUAUAAGCAUAACUGCUGGUUUUGUCUGUGCUGAGUCCUCCUCAAUUUUUGUACAUAGGCACCUCUUCAAAUCGUUUUUGCACAUUCAUUUGCUUAGAAAUGUAACACAGAUGCUGCUUUAAAUGUUUUUAAUGGAAAUACUAAUUAUAUGAGAAGUUAAAAAUUAGUUUUAUAACUACUGUAGCUGCCGCUGAAAUAUGUAUGUCAGGAAACGGUGGAAGAGUAAUUAUGGUUGUGAUACUAAGUUAACUUGUUUGCUAUAUACUGUGCUGAACGCAUCCUUCUAAGAAAAAGACUCAUCUACCCGCACACCCAUACACUAGAGCCAACUCGCAGGCUCUCAGCGGGAUCAGGACUCCCAGACCCCGGGCAGCCCAUUGCGCGCCACCCCCAGGCUUUCAGUGCAGUUCGUGCCAGGGCGGGAUGGGGGGGAGCAGCCCCCCCCGGCAGCAGUAGCUGGCGGUGCUGUCCAGGGUCGCACCGAGGAGAGGGACGGUCCCUUUGCUGCACCGUGGCACCCACUGGGCCCCUUGCCUUUGUGCCCCAAACACAGUGAUCUACUUCACUACAUGAAAUAUGACAUCAGUUUUUCACUAACUUGAACUACCUUAGUCUGCUAGAAUACUUGUCCAUUACACAGGUACCAUAUACAGCCGCAGCAGGGGCUUUAUUAUUGCACAAUUCCUGUUCUGGCUGAAAGGAAUGGCAUUCAGUGACGGCCAGUACCUGCUAACAGCCAUCAACAAGGAAAAUCACUCCGACCUUAUAUUCUGGAGACUGUUUCAAGCUUGCUGAAGCAUUGAAAAGGGAGGAUACAGUUCCACACCACAUUCCCACACGCCAUAUGACCCCACUAUCAUAUCCUGGAAAUCAAACAAUUUAAUUUCAGAAGGAAGGAACCUGAUUCCACCAUUAAAUGUUAGGCUCCGUUUUGUGGGUAUAGAGAGGAGUUUGAUACCAGAGGCCACCACCUGACUACACCAGAAAGUUUCUGUUUGAGCCCAGUUAAACCAGGGAUUUGGCUUCAAGAGUCAUUCAUUACCAUGAUAAAUCAUUUGCAAAACAAAAAGGCACAAGUACUCCCUGAGUUUCUGGCCUUCAGCCUCAGCGUUUGUUUAGCCCAGGGUAUAGUUCCAUGUUGUAAAAAACCUUUGUCUUUUGUUCUGCCUUGAAUAUCUCGCUAUGUUAAAUGAGACCUUCAUGUGAGAAAAAAAUCCGCAGAAUUAGUCACUUCCAUCUCUCUUACCAUUCUGUUUAUCAGUUGAGAAACUACUUGAUAGCUGAAUAUGUAAAUGCUGCUGAACUCCAAGUACUUAGUUAUGUUGUGUUGUUAUAAAGUAGUAUUUUCGUUAACAAGCAGUGCUGGCCUAGCUUGCUUUCAUUGACAGUGAAGGGAUUUGGACCUGUAAGUCAUUCUCAACUGUAUCAAGAAAAGGAUUUAGAAACAAUACACAGUAUUGCUAUGUCUUUCUGCAGCCCAAUUUAAGUUACGACCCUGUUACUAAUACUAUCAUCUUUUUUAUUUCUUCUCCUUUGCUGCUAGUGCCUCUGUGCUGCCCUGCCCUCUGGCAGAGCCUGCAGCAUCACCUGCCGAGCCCUUACCUCUGCAACACAGGGAGCAGGGAAGGCCAGCAGCAAGCUAGGUCGUAACUGUAAGAGUUUGCCUUGAGAAAUGCUGAGGAGAGAGGUAUGACACAAAUGCUGCUCGUCCAAAGGACUUAGGCACAUUCUUCUACUUGGGAUUCCCAGCUGGAAGCUCCCUCCUAGAGCUAAGCACCAAGCAAAUCCUUCUUCUCCAAACUAAGCCAGACGUUCCCCUCUUUCUGCCCAAUACUCAUGAUCAGAAGAUAUCCACAAAGAUGUGCCAGGUUUACCUCAAGAAACUUGGUAUCUCUCGCUUUCAGAAAGAUACUCCAGCUGCCUUAUUUACUUCAUGCACUCUUUAGGCUGGAGAUCCGACCCUGGAUUUCCCAUGCCUGAAGUACGGCUGCUGAAGAACUCCUGCCUUUGGCAUUUUUGCUGCCUUAGGUAGAUGAGAGCCAUGUAGUACAUAAAUGCAAGAAGAUCUAUAUCAUGAGCUGGACACACAGUUAUUUACCACUGACAGGACUUGGGCAGUCCUGGCCAUGCCCAGAGGCAGUUUGGCACCCAAAGGGCUGGUGGAAGGUGGAACUGUGAGGACCUGAGGCACUGAGUUAGGUGGCAGCAGAACAGAAGUUUUGAGUACCUAAUUUUAGAUUUAGGCACUUCAGUUAGCUAAUGGUCUACCACAGCACAGCCUGAAGUAUAGCAUACAUAGCAAUGCCCACACUAACCUUAAACGUGCCCAGUUUAAGCACCAGAGUGGCAAGAGCAGGCAGCAGCGUAAGUUAUAAGCCGUUCUGUCUGCAUUGCUUUUGCAUCGAGCUAAUCCAAUUAAGCCUCUGUCAUUACUUCUUCACCACUACUGUAUUCAUGAUGUAAGAUGGCACUGUGUACAGGUACACGAGGAAUUCACACUUCCAUUUGUCUGCAGCCAUAACUUCACACCUGUCAUUUCACUUCCAAAUGAGGUUAUGUGAAAGCUUUACCAAAGCUUCUGUUUUCAACAAUGCCAGUCAACAUACCACCUUCAACAUCAAAGUCAACUGUGGAAUGAUAUACUAUUAAUUGGGAAGCAAGAAUAAUUUAUUUCAGUUGUGGAUUUGAUUUUACCCAAGGAAAUUAAUGAUGCAAUAUAAAGUAAAUGCUACGACUUCAGUAUGCAAUUAAACAUUUUGCUCAAGAUCCAGGCUGUUUUAAACUUUUCCUUUUAAACACAUUUUUAAUUAUGAAUUGGAAAGAAAAUAAUUAAUACAUCUUUUAGUAUGAAUUUCUGCAUACAGGACCAAGCAAGCAAGACAGCAUACUCUUUAAUGUGACCACGUUUUCAGAAUAGACAUUAACUGAGGCUUUUUCAUGCACAGUUGAUUUUGUAUAAACUGAUUGACACCUUUGGGGGUCGUCUUUCCACUGACUCAUAAUUUUGCUCACUCUUUAAAAAAGCCUUCUGCACACCCAGUAUUCUCUAGUUAAAGCUGAAAAUUCAACUCAUCAUAUUUACACAAUAAAAAGAAAAUCCAUUCUGUGUUGUUUUUAAUUGCAAAUCCUACUCAAGGGACUAAUUCUCCUGCUUAAGACGCAGCCCUGUGCCUUCUACUAGAGAACCAACUGCAGUCAAUUAUGGUAAUGAAAUGUCAAUAAAUAUAAAAAUUUAAUACAGCCUGCUCUUGGUGAGUGGCAGAUGAGGACUUGCCUCCCAGACAAAUUUGCUGGUGCUGCAAAUAUUAAAUGCACCUGAAAGAGUAGCAGGUUGCCUGAGAGCUCUCCAGUAGAGGGAUGGUGGGAGAUCCAGGCAUCUACUGGGUUUUUCCAUUAUGGCAUAAUCACUGCGCUAAGGCCACUGCACUGAUAUUCUUGACAUUCAGACAUCUUAACUUCUUAUUAUGAAGUGAAUAGCAUAUUUCCCCCACAAACUGGAACCUCAGUGAGGGAUUUUGAGCUCCCCCCCUUAACAAUUACAAAAGGGAAAUUAAGAUGUGAAACUUGUUAUUUAUAUGUGACCAGUUUCUCAAUAUGAAGUAGUUGAAUCCUGUCACUAUAUUAAACUGCUCUUUAAGUAAAAAGUAUUUGAGGUAUGUUACUUAUAUUUUUUUCUUACUAUUUGUAUAAGUAUAUAUACUUAUAUAUAAAGAAAUAUGUAUGAGUAUGUAUACAAAGAGAGAGAAAUAACAGAUGAACUAGAAAGUAGUUUAUGAAAGAUGGUUUGGCUGGGAUUUCCAAAGACCAGAUGCUAGUUUUGUCACCAAUUUCUUUGGCCCUGAGUAAGCAAUUUAAGGCUACUACUUCAGUUUUCCCAGGUGUAAAAGCAAGCAGUGAAACCUACCUCACAGGAUACUUAACCAUAAUCCAUUUACUUAACUGAAACAUAACCACAGCUUUAAAUACUUUGCAGACUUGGAGCAGUGUUAUUCUUAAUAUCCAUACAAAAACUGUAACUUCAUUUUUCUUGUACAGUUUCCUUCAGUCAAUGCCUUGGAACCACUAAGAGUAUAUAUAAAUAAAAUGUUGUAUUAAAAGUCAGUAACCUAUUGAUUAUAUUAAGGUCAUCACCGGGAGAAGUUAUUUUUAGUUCCUUUCAAUCAUCUCUCUACCUUGUCUGGCGAAAAUUUUGUCAGAUUUAAAGUCUUUCAGUUUUUUUUCUUGCUUUACUGCUCUUCAUACUCAAGCAAAAUCAAUUCAGUAGUUUUAAAAUAAAAAAAACAUCCUUCAAAA